AUGGUUUCAUCCGCACCAAUGAAGAAUUCAGUGAUAUUAUCAUACCUUUCGAGGACGAGCUUCCUCCUUCUCCUUCUCCUCCUCCCACAGCAUGUCAGAGCAGUAAGUCGGUUACGGUUGACCGGGUUAAGAGUUGGGUUGGCCCCAGCAUCAAGGGGAUUGACAAAUGAAGAAUCAUAUUUGCUUCGAGAUACUGUGCAGAUUAUUCUGGAAGAUAUGCUGCUGCGAAACUCUCCAAAUAGACGAACUCCAAAUGACUGGCCGGACAUUUCAUCAAUAGGGUUGGAGCGUAUCCUUGAAAACUCGGUGUCUAGCGAUGGAAUCCUUACCUUGACUGUCGACGGUCUGGUUUACUUCUCCUUUUCUGAUAAUGCUUCACCAACGAACGACGAAUUCUCGACUUACAUAGAAGAAGAACUCCUGACGCCAAGCCUGCUUUUGGAAGCCAUCACUUCGACAUCCAUAGAUGAUGAUUUUCCGUUCCAGAACUUUACUCGGGUUGCCCUAUGGGAGAACUUUUAUAAUGUGCCAUCUAGCGCUCCAACCACAUUGCCCACGCUUUCACCCACUGUGCUUCAAACCACGCUUUCACCCACUGUGCUUCAAACCACGCUUUCACCAACUACGCUUCAAACUACGCCUCAAACCACAAUUUCACCAACAACACUUCAAACUACGGUUCAAAACACACUUUUACCAACGGUAGCUCCACCCUUAAACAAGGCACCUGAACCCACCGGGCAGUUGGAUGACUUUGUUGAGGAUGUGCCAGAGAAUGAUGAUGAUGAGGAGAUAAUUAUUGGGGCAGCCAUUGCUGGGGGUAUUGCUAUUUUUCUGGCGCUGGUUGUGUUCCUAUGCCAGAGGCAUACCCGGCCGCUCCAGAGAGUCUCAGAGGGAUCAAUCCCUCCAGCUGUACCAACAAAGACCAACAACAUUGCCACAGACAAGACUGUACGCUCGGAUGAGGAAUCGAAUAUUCAAAAAAGUAAAGGAGGUGAGGUUCGAAGUGGACAAGGUAUGUUUAACUCUGUUGUAGACACCACUCUAGAUAUGGAUGCCAUGAGCGAUGAGUCAUUUGGAGACUAUACAUUCGACGAUGAUCUGGGCUUUGAAGGGGCAGCAAAAAUUCAACCUGAUAUAGUAGCACCACAACGACAAGAUUCAUUUGGGCACCGAGUUUACAACAUUCAAAAGGAUAUGAUGGAGUCAUCUGCCAUAUCCAAGGCGGUAACCGCAAAGCAACCAAAAAGCUUGUUGGGUCUACCUCCAACACCUGCCACAGACGAUAACUGUAUCUUAGAACCGACCGAUGUUAGUGCAGCAAGGCUUGCUGAAGCCGGAAGCUUCUCUCGACAGUCAUCUAGGCUAUCGGAUAGUGGACGGCGAUCGUUGGUUCCAAAACACAUUGAAAACGUGUGGGGACAGGAGCGAAAAACAGCCGAAAUAGCGAGUGUUGAUGGAGACUCUGAAUACUCAGGGUGGGAUCCAGAUGAUGCCAGCACAAUCGAGUCACAGGACGUCUUCCUGAACUCAAACGUGCCAGAUCCUGCUGGGCAAUCACUGUUGCAUCAAUCCGUAAGGUUUGAGAGUUACAAAAUGCAGAGGCUUCGAACACCAGAGAACGAAGACAAGAAAAGCUCAUUUUUCUGGUAG